GGUCCCUCCUUCCCUCCCUCUUCCUUGGGUCAGCCAUGGCCGGGGUGCAGCGGAUGAAGGUGGCCAACGAGAGGCACAGCAAGAGCAUCACGCAGCGGGGAGGACUCCACCGGAGCCCGAUGCCUCAGGAGGAGAAAGCCCCCGUCGGGCCCUGGCUCUUGGCCCUCUUCGUCUUCGUGGUCUGCGGAUCAGCCAUUUUCCAGAUGAUCCAGAGCAUCCGCCUGGGGGGCUGAAGGUCAGCUGGACCUCUGCUUUUCCUCCUCCUCCUCCGGCCCUUGUGACCUCCGCUGACCCUCAGGGAAUUUUGGGGCGAUUUCUGGACCUCCCUGCCAGCCUUUGGACCCAUUUCCGGCCAUGAAGGAAUGGACGCCAUGAUUUCAUGGAACUCAAAACAGUGUUUUUUCAAGCGCUUCUGGUGAAUCCACAGGCAUUUUUGCAGCAUGUUUUUGGGGCGGGCGAAGGGUGGGAAAGCGAGCUGACUUCUGCCUGCAACAGGCCUCCCUCUCGGUGGCCCCCGGUCCGUUUGGAGCCGCUCAAUAAAAACAGAAAACGUUGACUGCCUUGAAA